AACAGGGGACUCGGAGACCGGAUCCUGCCUUCCCUUUAUGACUAACUACAGCUUCCAUUGCAACAUUUGCCAUCACAGUGGGAAUACAUACUUCUUAAGAAAACAAGCAAAUUUAAAAGAAAUGUGUCUUAGUGCCUUGGCAAAUCUGACUUGGCAAUCCAGGACGCAAGACGAGCACCCCAAAACCAUGUUCUCAAAAGACAAGGAUAUUAUACCCUUUAUUGAUAAGUACUGGGAAUGUAUGACAACAAGGCAAAGACCAGGAAAAAUGACUUGGCCAAACAAUAUUGUAAAAACAAUGUGUAAAGAAAGAGAUGUGUUUUUGGUGAAAGAGCAUCCGGAUCCAGGUAGCAAAGAUCCGGAAGAAGAUUACCCCAAAUUUGGACUCUUAGACCAGGACCUUGCUAAUAUUGGUCCUGCAUAUGAUAACCAAAAACAGAGCAACACUGUAGCUACUCCCGGAAGUCUAAACGGUGGAGCCUCUUUGGGAGGGGGUCUGGUGCCAGGAACCAGUGGGAAAGGAAGGGGGGCCAAACGCAAGCAGCAAGAGGGAGGAACUACAGGAACAGCCAAGAAAACGCGGAGUGAUCCUCUGUUCUCUGCUCAGCGCCUUCCACCCCAUGGCUAUCCGCUGGAGCACCCUUUUAAUAAGGAUGGGUACCGUUACAUUUUGGCGGAGCCAGACCCCCAUGCUCCUGACCCAGAGAAGUUGGAGCUAGAUUGCUGGGCGGGAAAGCCUAUCCCUGGAGAUCUCUACAGAGCCUGCCUCUACGAACGGGUCCUCCUAGCUCUGCAUGACCGAGGUACCGAUCUCAUUGGACGUUUCCCGCACUCGGUGACCAGGCAUGGCUACGAAGCCGUGAACUGUGCAAAACUAGAUUCUUAA